CGCGACGGACACGUGGUCGGAUAGGAUUGGUGAGAUCGACGCGUGUAACGGGAUUGGAGAAAAACGACAAAGAAGAUCUGAGGGAAUUGUGGCGUCGUGAGGGAGCCGUUGGAUUAGGGACACGUAUGAGGAUGGGAAAAUAUCUUUUUUAAUUAUUAUUAUUUUUGUGGUACCGAAAAUAUCUUUUUUGGUGUCGUUGCAUUAUCUCUGGAACUGGAACGGGUAAAGGGUUUCGUCGGAUUCAAGAUAUGACUUCUUCCGGUGACCGGAGACGCGGCGGCGGCGACCCGAUUGCUCAGAAUCAAUUUUGGUCAGGAAACCAUUCGCGACAAAGAAGCUUGGAAGCGCACAGUCUCUCUUCACCCAUUCGUUUCAAAAUCGGAGGUCGAUUUUGGGUUUUGAAUUAAGUAUAGUUCUUCGAUAAGUAUAGAGCUGGAGAGGAGAGGACAGCUCCUUUUCUCUCGCUUUUAUUUGGGAAUUGGGACCACAGUGGAUUUGCUACUGGACCUGGAGACUGGAGUUACUGCUCUCUUGGUAAAAGUACGGGAAAUGUCAUGAUGGUAAAAGAAAGAAGGUGGAAGUAAAUUCAACAUCCUAAAAUGGCUACAAGUUAAGAAAAGCUGCCAGGUUUUGAGGGUUUCAAUCUGGCCCUUCAGGGGCAAAGCUAUCACCUUUAAGAUAGAAAUGAAAUACCAAUGGCAGAACAAGGAAAUGAAAUUCAGCAAGUUUUAGCAAGGUAAAGAAGGAGAGAAGAAAGGUAGGAGAAAAAGAGCUGCUGCAAACCAUGGAAACCUUUGGAAUGAAGGAUGGUGGGCAGAACAAGAAGGCAACGACCACCUUUGGGAUGAUACGCAGGGGUAAUGCUUCUGGUAUGGAGAAGAUGAAGCCACAUUUCUUCAGGGUCAUGCUUGAUUUCAUGUUGCAGGAUUCCAAAAUAUACAUUCCUACGGAGUUUGUGAAGAACUAUAGAUCCAGGCUAGGGAGCUCUGCAACCUUGAAGGUUGCUAAUGGUGAUACUUGGGAAGUAGAGCUGGUUACUGAUGAUGAUGGGCUGAUUUGGUUGGUCAAGGGCUGGGAAGACUUCACAAACCACCAUUCUUUGAAGCAAGGUGAUAUUCUGGUGUUUCGGCUAGAGCAGAACAGCUUAUUUCAAGUCAUGAUUUUCGAACCCUCUGCCAGCGAGAAGAACUACCGCUGCAAGGAUGUAAACGACCUUGGAAAGCUGUUGAAUGAUAUCAAAGUUGAGGAGGAAUGUGAUGCUGGGAAGGAGAAAGUUCCUGCUGGAAAGCUGAAGGAAAUCGAAACCAAGAAGAGUGGUGGAGGGAAUAAAAAGGUUAAAUUGGUUGUUCCAUUUGAGAUUCCAAACCAUCCAUUGGAGACAAAAGUGAAAGGAAUAUCACAACCAAGGAGGUGCAAUGCCUCUACGAGCUCAGACAAUCCAAACUUCUUCAUCACCAUCAGUGAAGCACACAUGACACAUCGUUACAUGCUUCUGCCUACUAAAUUUGUGUAUGAACACAUGAUACCUGCACAUGGUACUAUGCCUGAAAGUCGUAUUGUGAUGGUUUUGAGUGAAGACGGGGUCGACUCAUGGUCAUUGUCCUUUGUCUUUCAUCAACGACAUGGAGGUGCACGUGGACAGAGCUUGUUCAUUGGCGGUUGGCCCGCGUUCCGCAGAGGCAACUCUUUGAAAUCAGGGGAUGUUUGCCGGUUCGAGCUCAUCUCCGAUGGCCAAAUGAAAGUGAGCAUUCGGAGGGCUUAAGGAUGGUUGCAUCUGCUGAAAGUUUGAGAACCUCUAGAAUGGAGUUUGUUGUGUUUGUUCGUUGUGUGUGUUUACUUAUGGAUGAUGAUGAAGCUUAUGAAAACACUACAGCUUUUCGUUAAAGGAAUUAAUGGGAUAGUGUAGUUUCAUGUGGGAGGGAGUGGUAAGACGUUUGUUGAUGCUUUGUUUUGGUUUCUGAAGCAAGGCAUGAGUUGUGUUUUAUGGCUUUCCAUGGCAAAACUCUGUUAUCAAAUUACUUUCUGAUAGUAGUUCUGUUAUUUGACUAGAUUGAAAGUUAUCUUGUUUACGAUUGUGAUUAUUAUU